AUGCUGCUGCUUUCUUGGUCAAGAAUAGCCAGCAAGGUAGUUAGAAGGCCCAUUCGUUUCCGGCCGUAUUACGGGUUGACCCAUACUAAGAGUUUGCAUACUCAGUACCGGCUACAUAAUAGAAUAAAAGAAAAUAAGAUCAGUAGAAAGGGCAAAGACAAUAAUAAUGGUGUUAGAGUUAGUAGUGAAACUCCUACAGACGAAGAGGUCGAAGAAAUAAGAAAAGAAGUAGAAAAAUACAUCGAACAGGCCAAAAGUAAUACCAUGUCAACUAACUGGCAAGAACAGAAACACAAAAUAGAUGAAAGUAUAAAACGUCUGGAAGAAGCUGUAUUAAAGCAAGAAUCUGACCGAACUCAAGAAGAGAAAAUGGAAAAAGAAGAACAAAAUGAACCAUCGAACCCCAAUUCAAGAAGAACAAAAGAGCAGGGCUAUUUCAAAGAUAAUAAUAGCAUAAAUUUCAAUUCUCCACCACCACCACCUAAACCACCUAAGCCACCUUUAAAUGAUCCUAGUAAUCCAGUGUCCAAAAACGUCAAUUUAUUUCAAAUAGGAUUGACUUUUUUCCUACUUUCAUUUUUAUUGGAUCUCCUCAAUAGUUCUGAAGAACAAAGCGAGAUAACAUGGCAAGAUUUUAGAGAGAAACUACUAGCAAAAGGUUAUGUUGCAAAGUUAGUUGUCGUCAAUAAGUCUAUGGUGAAGGUGAUUUUAAAUGACAAUGGGAAAAAUCAACCCGAUAAUUACGGUCGCAGUUUUUACCAUUUCACAAUCGGAUCCAUUGAUAGCUUUGAACAUAAACUUCAAAAAGCGCAGGAUGAACUGGACAUUGAUAAGGAUUUCAGGAUUCCUGUACUAUACGUUCAAGAGGGCAAUUGGUCCAAAGCUAUGUUUCAGAUCAUGCCAACAGUUUUAAUGAUUGCGGGUAUUAUAUGGUUGACAAGAAGAUCAGCGCAAGCAGCAGGCGGUAGUCGUGGAGGAAUCUUUGGCCUAAGUCGUUCAAAGGCCAAAAAAUUCAACACUGAAACAGACGUAAAGAUCAAAUUUAAGGACGUUGCAGGAUGUGAUGAAGCAAAGGAAGAAAUUAUGGAAUUUGUUAGCUUUUUGAAAGAACCUUCUCGCUAUGAAAAAAUGGGAGCAAAGAUUCCUAGAGGUGCAAUUUUGUCUGGCCCACCAGGUACCGGUAAAACCUUGCUUGCAAAGGCGACUGCAGGUGAAGCCGGAGUUCCCUUUUAUUUUGUUUCGGGUUCAGAGUUCGUAGAAAUGUUUGUUGGUGUUGGUGCUGCAAGAGUAAGAGAUUUGUUCAAAACUGCAAGAGAAAACGCUCCUUCGAUCGUAUUUAUUGAUGAGAUUGAUGCUAUCGGAAAAGCCAGACAAAAGGGUAAUUUUUCAGGUGCAAACGAUGAAAGAGAGAAUACGUUGAAUCAAAUGUUAGUCGAAAUGGAUGGUUUCACACCAGCAGAUCAUGUUGUUGUCUUGGCUGGUACUAAUAGGCCAGAUAUUCUUGAUAAAGCAUUAUUAAGGCCUGGUAGAUUUGACAGGCACAUCAACAUUGAUAAGCCAGAACUUGAGGGGAGAAAGGCUAUCUUCGCUGUUCAUCUACAUCACUUGAAGCUUGCUGGGGAGAUCUUUGAUUUGAAGAAUAGAUUAGCAGCUUUGACACCAGGUUUCUCUGGUGCCGAUAUUGCCAACGUUUGUAACGAGGCCGCAUUAAUUGCUGCUAGAAGUGACGAAAAUUCAGUAAAACUAAACCACUUUGAACAAGCUAUUGAAAGAGUCAUCGGAGGGGUGGAAAGAAAAUCCAAACUACUCUCUCCUGAAGAGAAAAAAGUAGUUGCUUAUCACGAAGCUGGACAUGCCGUUUGUGGAUGGUAUUUGAAAUAUGCAGAUCCCCUUUUGAAAGUCAGCAUUAUUCCACGUGGACAGGGUGCCCUGGGCUAUGCACAAUAUUUGCCAGGUGAUAUUUUCUUAUUAACUGAGCAACAACUUAAGGACAGAAUGACAAUGUCAUUGGGUGGAAGAGUUUCUGAGGAGCUUCAUUUUCCAUCAGUUACUAGUGGCGCCUCUGAUGACUUCAAAAAAGUUACUAGUAUGGCCACUGCAAUGGUGACAGAGUUGGGGAUGAGUGACAAAAUUGGCUGGGUCAAUUACCAAAAAAAAGAUGAUAGCGAUUUAACUAAACCAUUUUCAGACGAGACUGGUGACAUUAUUGAUUCAGAAGUGUACAGAAUUGUUCAAGAAUGUCAUGAAAGGUGUACAAAAUUGCUAAAGGAAAAGGCAGAUGAUGUAGAAAAAAUUGCUCAAUUACUUCUGAAAAAAGAAGUCUUAACAAGAGAAGAUAUGAUUAGUUUAGUGGGCAAGCGUCCUUUCCCGGAAAGGAACGAUGCUUUUGAUAAGUACCUGAACGAUUAUGAAACGGAAAAAAUCAGGAAAGAAGAACAAAGAGACGGAAAACGUGAUGAAUUUAAGUCAUCUCAAAAUGAUUGA